AUGUUUGAUCACAAGCACCAAAACUUCAAGCUGGUAAGAAUGACGCUGGUCGAAGAGCUGGAAAAGCAGGAGGCUGGCAAGAAGAUGUUUACGCCAGCUGUCUAUGAUCUGAAACACAAAGCUCUGUUUCGCUUGGUCGAUGCGCUUUCCAGAUGUGGACGGGGUCCAUCAUACACCGCUCUACACAUUCUGUCCGAUGUCCUCAUGUCAGCUGCAAACAAGAAAGCUUUUCCACCUUCCGUCGGUCGUGAGCUCGAGUCACUCGCCGAACACAUACAAGACAAGUUAUAUUACGACAUCAUUGAUGGCAAGGUCUCUUCCUCAAACCUGCGAUCAACACAGACCGGCUUUGCACUCUUGAGUCGUGCAAACUAUGGGUUCGAUGAACGACCAGUCAACUACAAUCUGCUCAACAACUGCAUACUCUCAGUAGAUGCUGAUUCCAUCGCCUGUUACGAGUACAAGUUUGGCAUGCCCCCAUCCCUCGUGGCUUCUCAAGACGUCUUUCCAGGCAUGGUCUUGUUUACAGAGAGCCUUCCAUUUGUUGUUUCUACAGCAAACACUACAGAUCAAUCAGAACUCGCCACCUUCUGUGAUGCUUGCGGCACGGACUUGCAGAUGCCAUCACCGUUUGUUCUUCGAGUCCUCAUAGAAGAAUUGAAGCACGCAGAAGCUGAGCUGGAUGAGAAGAAGAACGCAAUAGCAGCAAGGGGAGCUCGCACUGAGCCUCCUGCGCCACAUCACCGCCGUUCAAAUGCGGUUGAUACUCCACAAAGUACGCCGCCUAGCUCAGAAGCCGGUGACAACGCCAACGAUGGGUUGAAAAGUCAUGAGCAGAUGGUCUCCUGUUCAGACGAAGAAGAAGACGCUGAAGACCGUCGGAGUGACUCUGACGAUGACUGGGAUUCUGAGUCGUCGAGUGAUGACACUGACGCAUUUGCGGAACAUUCAGCCCCUGACACACCAGACCGCGGAAGGACGAACUCCAGACCUGGUAUUUUCGAAACCUCUGACAUUCAGAUUUGUCGUUAUGGUAAAGAGAAGCAACGUGAGAAUUUCUCCUUCUGCUCAGUCGACUGCUACGACAUGGCAAAAGCCACCUACCAUGACAGCAUCUGCGGGGCUCACAUUGAGGACUAUCUACGCAAAUCAAUCAUCACGGUUGAAGAUAUUGAACUCCCAAGCGUUGAUAACCAAAAGCUCGUCCUGCUACUCCUUGUGCGCAUGCUUGGAUGGGCGUACGCUACAUCUACUGACCCUCUGGAUCUACCUGUCUUGCAGAUGUUCAUGGCGUCUCCUCGCCAUCCAUCGUUGAAGGAUGGACCACCGAUCCCAUGGUCGUUCUACAGCAACGUCAUGCGCCCCUACCAGAUCUAUCAGGCCAUGGAUGGUCGCGGAGGUGCCCCUAAGUCUGUCAGUAACCCCGACUACUCUGAUGGCCGCAUCAUCAACACGAUCAUCAGCCUCAUUCAACGCCAUAUCGUCAUCAGCGACAAGAUUCUCUGGACGAAGACUUUUGAUGAGGAUGGUUACCAUGAACAGACAUAUCCUUGCUCAUACGAGAGUCACGUCGAACAGGACGAGAGCCCUUUGUUUGGUCGCUUACACCCGUUGUGUGACCUUGUUCCUCUGUCUGACAAGCCUGAGGAUGCAAAUGUUGAGCUCGUCGAUGUAGGUGGUGGCACAAUUAUCUGCCUGCCGAUAUUCGUUACUCAACACGAAGAUGAGGAAUCGGCACAAUGCAUCAGGAAGAGCACUCGUCUACUACUUCAUGACCCAACCCCUCGCCUCGCUACUAGAGCUGAACGCGCCAAGUAUGCCAAAGUGGAAGACUAUGGCGAGGGAGGCACCAUGAUGGACGUGGAGCAAGAGGAAGGCAUGUUCCAACAUUUCGAACCCGAAGAACCACCACAGACAGAAGAGCAGGAAGAAGAGUAUAGCGGCUACGUUGAUGACGAGGUCUAUGGUACCGACGAGUUCGAUAUUGGUGGAGAUGACGAGGAGAUGAUGAACUUCUAG